GCAGCUUGUGCGACUCCUGCUCUGCAGACACACAACUGUUACCGGGACAUCUUGGAAUAAGGCGAGUAGACGAAUUAUUACAUGUGAGGGGGAAUUACAGGAAGUUAUUUGUUGUUACACUGACCUUUAGAUAUAUAUGAUUGUGAGUUGCCAAAUUUAAACAUUAUAUUUUGUGUUAAUUCAACUUUAACUCAGUUACUUCUCCCAUGUUGGUUAAUGUUUUAUUUUCCAUAUCUUAUCUUAUUUUGCAUUUCCUAUGAAUUUGACAAUGUACACACAGUUUAAACAUGUGACAGUUGACCCAAAUAUGAAAUUCAAAUAUAAAGAUUUAAUAAUAUGGCUGCCACAAAAACACAAAAUGGUGUCUCUUGCAUGUCACUCAGCUGCUAACAGAAGCGUCCUGAGGUUUUAUUGUAGUGUUUGUUCUUUAUAACUGUAAAUGUGCUGAGAGCUUUAUGGGUGAAAUAAAGCCCGAUAAGGCAAACUGUGAUUACAAAGUGAUGUGGGACUGACGCUGAGCUGAGGUUGGUGCAGACUUCCUGUUUUGUGGCAGAGCAGCAGUUUUCAGGCUGCUGCUCAAAUGGUCUGUAAGUUUAGGCUGAAGCUGCUCUGCAGCAAAUGGAAGCAGCUUCCUGUCACAUUCCUGUACACAGAUAUAAAAAUCAUCAAGUUCAUAUCUGCAUCUGCAUCCACUGUUAGACAAACAUGGAUUACUGAGUGCUCACCCAUCCACAAAGACCCACACUGACACUGCUGCUGUGGCACAUAUUGUUCCACAGUCAAUCCACCGGCUGCAAAGACACAAAACGACAACAUCAAGAAGAAAGAAAAGAUACAAAGUAAACAAAGAGACACCUAAUGGCUACAAAGAGAUACACCCCAAUACAACGAGAACACAAACACAGAAAAAACAAGAAGUUAUCUGACACUAAAACAAAGAAACACUAAAUGAACACAAACAGACACAAAAUGUUACAUGAAUUACUUCAAAGGAACAAAAUACCUCAACUACAACAAGGAGAUAUUAAAUGACUACAGAGUCACACAAUGUCAACAAAGUACAAGGAGACAAAAAACAAGAACAUAAUGACAGAAAAUAAACAGUUAUUCACUUAAACUACAACAAAAAGACAGAAAAUUAAAACACAAAGAUAAAAAAGACCCACAACUUCAUAACAAACAGCUGUUUGGUGUGGGGGUUUAUCCAGUAGUGAUAUUUCUCUUUAGAUAAUAACACUACCUGACAUCUGUAAUUAUAACCCGCUCCAUCUUCCUCAGUUACCCACAGCUCUGUGAUGUUUGCCCGUUGACUCUGAGGCCACACCGGAGCAUGGGGCUUGUGUCGGUGCAGUACGAGUUUGAGUACACGGCGAAGAACGGCCGCCUGGUGUCCAUCAAGCCUAACGAAAGCUACAUCCUGGUGUCCAAGACCAACCAGCACUGGUGGCACGUCCGCAGGGAUCCGACCUCCAGCCCUUUCUUCGUCCCUGCACAGUACGUGGUGGAGUGUGUGACCCCAGAUAUGACCCUGUGCAAAGCAACACCAGUUGUUCGUGUCGCAGCUCACGAUGCUUCAAGAGAGACGUACCGCUUCUCUACGUUUGGUUUCUGUGACAGUCUACCAGGACUCUCAGGCAGCUUUGUACCCACACCGGAUAAUCUACAGGAGGUCUCAGCAGGAAGCUUCUCAUCAACCUCAGCUCCUCUGCAAACCGACGGCCUGCAGCUGCUUCCAGAACCUCCUCCUCUGCCAAAGGCUGAGGAAGAACCACCAGAGCCACCAGAGAUACCAGAGCCACCAGAGUCCCCAGAGCCACCAGAGCCACCAAGCCCCCGGCUGGCGGACAGGGAUGAAAAGUGGUUUGAGGAUAAUGAGGACGUCUCCUUCCCUUCACCCCCUCCUUCAAACAUAUACAACACCAUACCAGAGCUGUACCCAGAGCUGUUCCCAGAGCUGGACUCACCCUCUGAUCCUCUGGUUUCCAGUGACCUUUCGGCCUCAGAGCAGCAGAGUCUGAGUCCCAGUGCCCCGGAGGCGCCUCUCACUGAGCAGGUGGAGAAUGAAAGCCUCCGCUCAGCCGUCUACGUCAACGUAGCACAGCUUCGCCAGAGCAUCUCUGAGUCCCCCCCCUCAGCUCCCUCGUCCUACUCCCCUUCCUACCUUGACCCAGAGGGGUGGGAGGUGCAUGUUGACCAGGAGAGUGGACAGGAGUACUACUACCACCCGUCCACGGGCCAAACUACCUGGGACAAUCCCUUUCUAGACUCCCCCACGGACCCCGAGCAUCUCCCUGCCGAGGACCCUUACUACCCCACGCCUCCUCAGUCCCCUGCCCUCUCUCCGUCCACCUCCUCCCCCCCUGCGUGGAUCUCAGACUGGGAGCGGUUGGUGGAUGAGACCAGUGGUCGCCCCUACUUCUACAACGCCAUGUCCGGGGAGACGUCCUGGGAGCCUCCAGAGCUGCUGAGCCCGUACCCGCCGCUGAUGGAGCCGAUGAGCGUGCACAGGUUUCACGAGGAGGGGCCGCCCCCUCUGCCCGAGGAGGACUACCCCCCGGAGGACUACCCAUCAGCUGCUGAACAAACAGAGGUCUACAAGGAGCUCCUGGCCACGGGACCUCCCACCCUCCCUAAGGAGUACACCCUCAGCCACGUGAGCCGGACCAGCAUCCCCAGGGCCACCCUGGACCGCAGCACCCCGAGUGGCUGGAACCUCAACGUGGAAUCCAACGGGACCUGGGUGUUCACCAGUGACCUGUCUCCAGAUCAGUGGAUCAAGUCUGUGGACGAGCGAGGGCAGACCUACUACUACCUGAGAGACGGCUCCAGGUCUCAGUGGAACCUGCCUGAGGCCCCCGUAGCUCCGGGUCACUCUCGGGUGGAGAACGGCGUGGAGGUGGAAAACGUGUCGGUCAUUAAAAACUGGAGACACACCAUGGGACCUGCUCAGCUCAGCUCACCUCAGGAUGAAGUGAGAUUCGUGCCGACUCACAGGAGGAACACGUCCGACUACAGCAGCGACAGCUCCAGCACAGGGAACUCUCCAGAGACGCAGCAUAACGUGCAGAACUUGGAAAAAGCCGGAAUUCUCAACAAAACAAAAGUGUCUGAGAACGGCAAGAAAGUCAGGAAAAACUGGGGCCAGACAUGGACGGUUCUCCACGGAGGAGUCCUGACGUUCCACAAAGACCCAAAGUCUGCUGUGACGGGGGGCUCGAGCAAGACCAAUCAGAUUGUCCCGGAGGUCACGGUGGACCUGCGAGGAGCCACGAUUGGCUGGGCCUCCAAGGACAAGUCCAGCAAAAAGAAUGUUUUAGAGCUAAAAGGAAAGAACGGUGUGGAGUUCCUGAUACAGUACGACACAGAAAGCAUCAUCAGCGACUGGCACAAAGUCUUAGUGGACACCAUACGACAACUGGAGUACCAGGACCAUCACUCAGAGGAGGAGGACGAGAAUUUAUACGAGAAGAUCGCGGAGCGAGAGGACAAGUCGAGCAGCGCUGCCUUGGACAAGCGGAGACCCUCGAAGCCGGGUGUCACGCACUCAUCCAGCUCUGCAGGAGAGAACGACCAGAAGAGGGUUCGAACCAAGCUGAUGAAGUUCCUCUUGAAACGUCCCACGCUGCAAUCUGUCAAGGAGAAGGGAUACAUCCGAGACAAUGUGUUUGGCUGCCACCUAUCCACACUCUGUGCACAGGAGAGAACCACGGUCCCCGGUUUUGUGGAGAGGUGUAUCAAAGCAGUAGAGAAGAGAGGAUUAGAAAUAGACGGACUCUACAGAGUGAGUGGAAACCUCGCUGUCAUCCAGAAACUGCGCUUCAAGGCGGAUCACGAGGAGCUGGACCUGGAGGACGGACAGUGGGAGGACGUUCACGUCAUCACCGGAGCGCUCAAGUUGUUUUUCCGAGAGCUUCCCGAGCCGCUUUUCCCCUUCAGCCACUUUGAAAACUUCAUCAGCGCCAUCAGAAUUCCUGAUCAUAACCAGAAAGUGUCUUGCAUGCGUGAUCUGGUCAAAUCCCUUCCCCUUCCAAACCACGACACCAUGGAGAUGCUUUUUGGUCAUUUACGCAGGGUCAUUCAGUUCUGGGAGGAGAAUCGCAUGUCUGUGCAGAACGUCGCCAUCGUGUUCGGUCCGACGCUGCUCCGGCCCGAGAUGGAGGGGUCCAACAUCGCGUUACACAUGGUGUAUCAGAACCAGAUCGUGGAGUUCGUUCUGAACGAGUACGAGCGUAUCUUCCACUCCAGCUAGGGCAGUCACACGCCCCUGGUGCAGUACGGGGGCAAAUGUCUAAAUGUGCUCACGUGGUUUGAAGUGCACGUAAACGGCUUCGGUGCGACACCUGAAGACAAAACUCAUCUUUUAACAUAAGUGAAAGGGCUCCUGAAGCUUUCUCUGAUCAGAUUAUGAAGAUAACACUGUAAAAACUAGUAAAGGGACUUUCAAAUAGUCUUUGCUGAGAAUAUAUGAAGCAUGUGUAACCAGAUUUACUCCAUAGGAGGCUCACACAGUUAGAACUACGUUUGGCAGUAUUGGAGGAAAUUGACCUGCACAGGUGUCAGUGUGGUUCAGUUUCCCAUCUCAGAUUAUUGAGCCUCUCUGUUGGGUGGAAGAAGAACUGUGUCACAAGUCACGUUCUGGAGAUUUUAAUCUGUUUAUUUUUGUUUUUUUUGGUUAGUUUGUUUUAUUUUUCUAAUUCGCAGCUGAAAUAGGAACCAAGUCACAGCUGGACAGAUGCAUCAAAUCUCUCUGUAAGGAACUGUCACUGAUUGCUUUCAUCUUUAUUCUAGUUUAAUGACUUUUAAAUAAUGUUUUGGAUUUGAUAUUAAAGUAUAUCACAUAUUGCAAUAACUGAGAUUAUAAUCCAAUACUGCAUUUUUUUUGUUUUUGUUUUGACCCAUGAAUAUGUUUUAUUGUAAUAUAGAAAUGUAUAAAAAAGAAAUAUUAAUAAUGUGAACUAGAUGGUGACAUAGAAUACUUCCACUGAACUGUAAAAUACGUUUCUUGGAUCUUGCUGUACUUGAAGAAACUGUACAAUAACAUAGAAAUAUAAAUAAGUAAGACAUAUUUUUGACAGUCGGUGGUAAAGUCAAUCUGACCAUGAAAAGGUAAACCGGAUAUUAGCAGAGAUUUAUGUCUUGUAAAUAGAAAUAGAAAGUAUGUUUAUGCUGAGAGGUGUUGGAAAUGCACAAGCUAUUGAAUAAUAAAGUAACUUUGUAAA